GGGCACGUGAGCACCAAAGGGGCAGGGAUUUCACGGAAAUGAAAGUGGAAGCAAAGAGCCUGUUUGCAGAAGCUUCGGAAGUGAAUUUCAGGUCCUGCUUGGGCUGGGGGAGACCAAAACCCCUCAGAGGAUAGAAGCAAGAGUUCAGUCGCAGUGGACUGCCACUGUGUGCCCAGCUCUGAAGCCUCAGCUCUUGCCAAACCACCUGCAGGCCCAUGUCAGCAAAGCUUGAUGAGGCCCUCCGCGCCCUGCAGGAAGAGCAGGCCAGACUGAAGACGAGGCUGCAGGAGCUGCAGCAGCUAAAGAGGGAGCUCAGGGACUCCCCCAGAAACGAGCUCCCAUUCUCAGUGCCUGAGAUCCCCCUGGUAUUCCGAGGUGACACUCACCGGGGCAGGAAAGUGCCCCAGUCUUUGAUUUCCAACUUUCGGAUCUGCUGCCCUCUGCCUGGAGGCUCUGCUCUGGUCACCUUCGAAGACCCCAAAGUGGCUGAGCGGGUGCUGCAACAAAAGGAGCAUGUGAUUGACAUGGAGGAGUGCUGGCUGCGCGUGCAGGUCCAGCCCUUGGAGCUCCCCACGGUGACCACCAUCCAGGUGUCCAGCCAGAUGAGUGGCCAGGGCGUGCUGGUCAGUGGGUUUCCUGCCGACCUCAGGCUGAGUGAUGAGGAGCUGCUGGACAAGCUGGAGAUCUUCUUUGGCAAGACCAAGAAUGGGGGUGGCGACGUGGAGACCCGGGAACUGCUGCAAGGGAGUGCCAUGCUGGGCUUUGCUAAGGACGGGGUGGCCCAGCGCCUGUGCCAGACUGGCCAGUUCAGAGUGCCACUGGGCAGGCAGCUGGUCCCUCUGACAGUCUCCCCCUAUAUGAAUGGGAACAUCCAGAAGGUGGAGGUCCAGUCCCGGCCAGUGUCCCGCUCGGUGCUGGUGCUCAACAUUCCCGACGUCCUGGACGGCCCAGAUCUGCACGACAUCCUGCAGAUCCACUUCCAGAAGCCCACCCGUGGGGGUGGGGAGGUGGAGGCCCUGACAGUUGUACCCCCAGGACAGCAGGGCGUGGCGGUCUUCACCUCCAAGUAGGGCUGCGGGACUGGCCUUCCCAUCACUCCCACCCCCUCCGCCAAGGUUCUCAAACUGGGCUGGGGCUGGACCCCUGUGUAAGAGAUCUUUAUGUUCACCAACAGAGGGCAGGGGUCACACGUUGCAAAACACUUUCGAGAACAGUAAAAGCGUCUGCAUGGCA